AUGUCUCAGCAGCCCUCGCCGCGACAGCAGCCGCACCAGCAUCUCCUGGGCGCGUCUUCACAGGCACUGCAGCAGUCGCAGCAGCAGCAGCAGAACCAACCACAGAACGAGCCGUCACAACAGCAGCAAUCACAGACCCAGCAGCAGCAACAACAGCAGCAGCAGCAACAGCAGCGCAGCGUCAAGCGGCCCAGGCCCGUCAAGUCCUGCACCGAGUGUCGCAAACGAAAGCUUCGCUGCGAUCGCCUCUGCCCCUGCUCGCAAUGCCAAAAGUCCAACCGUCCCUGCAGAUACGCUCCCGACCAAGACUCGGCCAACCUGUCCGAUGGCUCGGACGCUGAGGGAGCCGAGCCGGGCCGCCCAGCCAAGCGCAACUACUCGCACAGCGCGCUGCCUGCGCUGGCCGCCUCGUACGGCGAUGCUGCCGCUCCCAGACCGGCCAAGGCGAGCGAUCCCGCCAGCCUCCCGUUGCUCGAGGAGCUGUCCAUACGGAUGGAGCGCCUGGAGAAGCAGAUCCUCGCGCGGAGUCCAAGCAGGGCUGAGGGCGGCGGCGGCGGCAGCAGCAGCAGCAUCGUCGCCGGGGCGCCAGAGACGAUACGGGGAUUGACGGUCAAACGGGGGGCCACGAGGACGCGGUACUUUGGGCAGAACGACUCCCGGGUGAUGCUAAACCUGUUUGACGAUGCCAAGGCAUAUAUAGCCCACAACUUCCGGCGAGAGCCCUUCCCCAGCUUCGAGAAGCUACAUAGGCAUCUGCGAAGCGAAUUAGCAAAGUCUCUGACCCCCAUCACCGUCUUUGUCGACUCUAUGAUGCCUAUCCACAAGAGAAUGAUGGACAUCUUGCCCAGAAAGGCAGUCUGUGACCGCCUCAUGGCGGCGUAUUUCGACACUUCGGAGACGCAAUACAGGAUCCUCCACACCCCGACAUUUUGGGAGCAGUAUAACCAGUACUGGCAGGGCAAUCCGCAGCCCGAGCAGUUUCUUCCCCAGAUGCUGUCGGUGUUGGCGGUAGCGUCGAGGUUCGACACCAAAUCCAGGGGGCUGGGCCACCAGGAGCGCGUGGAGGGCGUGCACAUCCCGACUGCGUGCGCGCUCGUUCGGAGCUGGCUCGACAGCCUCAAGGGCAAGCAGCUCGUGGAGAUUGCCACGCUGCAAGUCGAAGUGCUGCUGCUGUUUGCCCAGAGGAUGAUUAUCCAGCGGCCGCAGGAUUCGUGGAACCAUCUGGGCUUCGUCGUGCGCAUGGCCAUGUCCAUGGGCCUUCAUAGGGACCCCUCGGAGUUUGAGCCGCGCAUGACGCCCUUCCAGGGUGAGAUCCGACGGAGGCUGUGGUUCACGGUCCUCGACAUGGACCUGUACAUGUCGCUUGCCUCCAACAUGCCCUGUCUCACCCGAGACGGCGACUAUUCCUGCCGGCCGCCGCGCAACGUCGACGACAGCGAGCUGUUCCCCGACAUGACGGAGCUGCCGCCGUCUCGGCCCCUUGACCAGGCGACCGACAGCCAGAUACAGAUGUACACCAUCAUGACGCUUCCCACGCGGAUGAAGGUGGCUCACAUGAUCAACCGCAUCGAUACCAUCCGCGACUACCAGGAGGUGCUCGACGUGGGCGGGAAGCUCGACCGGUUCAUGGAGGACAUCAACUACAUCUUCCCGCGGCAUGCGUCCCUCAGCGACGCGCAGAAGAGCAGGCUCUGGCGCGACCGCGUCGUCCUCGACAUGCACGUGCGGCGACCUCUGCUGGCCCUGUACCGCCCCUUUGCCAUGGGGGUGCCCGACGCCCCGGCGCAAAUCUCGCGCGCGUAUCUGCGGUCGUGCAUGGUGAUUCUCAACUACCUGGACGAUUUGGACCACUCGCUGCCGCACUUUCGAGACGUGUCCGAGAUGUACCUGCAGAUGUUGCGGCGCGACGUCAUCCAGGCCGCCCUGAGCGUCUGCUACUUUGUCAAGCCGGCCGUCCGUCCCGCUGCCGACAGCGUCUUGCUCGCCCAGCACGGCAUACGGGCCUCGCCAAGCCCCGCGGACGAUUUCCCGGCGUACGUCCCGGACGACCUGAUGCUGUGGUCGCCGUCGCGGCUCAUUGGCACGGUGCAGAAGACGAUUGAUCUCCUCGUGGGCUUCAUUCGCGGCAGCGACGUCAAGGAUAUCCUGUGCGUCGCGGUCGUGCUGGAGACGGUGAGGAGGCCCGACAUCCGAAGCGACGAAAUCACCAAGAAUCUGUUUGGCCUGCUGGACGCUUGCCUGAGGGCGAGCAGCAUGACCCUGGACAAGCUCCACGCUUUGUCACUAGGCGGCGGCGGCGGCGGCAGCAGCAGCAGCAACGAGUACCAGCACGAGGCGUAUGGCCAUGGCAGGAUGCCGUUUGUGCAGCACGGCUACGGCAUGGGGGGCCAUUCGGAGACGACGGAGUUGGGCGGCUGGAUCAUGUGGGAUGGCUGGGAUUGA